GUGGAGCAGCGACACUGCUGCCACCUGGCUUGGCCCUGAGCCCAUGGAGCUGAGACCCGACGCCAGCCAGAAGGAGAAUGUGUCCCCCCGGCCUGCGACCCCCCUGAGGCCAGAGCAACGGAGACUCCCAAAGAGCCUGGGUGUCGUCCUGGGUAGUGGACAGGGCCCGUGGGUGCCCAGGGGCCAGGCCGAGAGAGGAGAGCCGGCCACCACUCCCUCGCCAAGGGCAGCCCUUCGCCAGGAGCCCUGCCAAGUCCAGACCAACCUGGCCAGCCCUAGGCCCCGCCUGGGCCUUGCCCUGAAGGACACGACCGGCCGGCUGAUCAACUCCAGAUUCCAGCAGCAGAGCAACCUACAGCCCCUGGGAGUCCUCCCGCUGCGGGGGGCGCGAGCGUUCACCGUCCAGCAGAGUAACCUGAGCGCACGGGAGGCCGGCCUGGCGGGGUGUGGAAGCCGCAGCAGCCCCCACCCCUGGUCGGAGCCUCAGGAAGGCUUCUGGCCUCACGGGGUGCCCCGGAGAAGCCCCCAACCCCCAGGGCCACAGGCUCAACCAUCCCCCACCCUGAAGCCGUCCUGGCUUCUGGCCACAGACACGCCCUGCCCACGCUCCAGGCCCACCCUGCGCUAUGCCCCCACUGAUGGGCACACAGAGCCAGGCUCCAGAUCCUGGGGUGGCCUGGGGGACUGGCCCUCCAGGCUCAUGGGGGAACCCCUCACCCUGGACGACCUGGCUGUCCCCGUCAAGAGCCCGGCUCGGGCCCCACCCCAGGCUGCCACCUCCCGGCUGCCGGCCUCCGGGCAGCACCUGGAGCAGGAGGCAGCCCGCCUCAGGUGCUGGGGGGCCCAGGAACCCCCAGGCCCUUCGCCGCAGGAGCCCUGGACCAGCGGUGGCCAGGCCCUCCCUGCUGGCCCCCAGUGCACCGAGCCUGUUCUCAUGUUCUGCCGUCAGAGAAAGAAACACCCCCGAGGUCUCAGGGGAGCCGUGAGUCUCCCAGAGACACCGGGGGUCCAGGCGAGCAGCAAGCGCGCGUCGCCACCGCAGACCGCUUUGGGGGUGCUGACUGGGGGCUUCCCUGACCCCGUGCAGGGGGUCCUUCCUGCUUACCCCCUGAGCCGGCAGCUGCUGUCCAGAUGUUUCAGGGCGUGGCAGCACCUGGUGUGGAGGCGGCAGGCAGCGGCCCUGGGCCACCGGCGGCUGCUGCGCAGGGGUCUGCGGCUCCGGGAGGCCCACCUGGAGGUGGCGUGCGGUGGACAGAGGAGGGCCCUUCUGGCCCAGAGCUUCCAAAAGUGGAGACACCGGGCUCAGCAGCAGAAACAAGGGCAGCCCCACUUCCAGGCUGGCCCAGGACCCCCACCCUCUGGGGGAGGCCAGCCCCCAGGUCCCUCAGGAAGGAAGCCAGGGGUGGACCCCGCCCAGAGAAGCAGACCAGAUGGAGGAGACGGGAGGGUCCAUAUCCUGCAGGCCCUGCAACAGCUGUCUGUCUUCCUCCUGCAGUGCCAGCAGGAGGAAUGGGCCAGGCAGGAGAAGGGGGUCCAGGGAGAGGCCUCCGGGGCCAUGCUGAGGACUCAGAGCAUGGGGAGGAGCCCCCAGGCCUGGUGCUCUCCUGCCGCAGAUACAGCCUGGGUGCCCCCCUGGGGCCCCCAGCAUCAGAGAGCCUGGCUCCGCAGGUGCUUUGGGGCCUGGCGGCGGUCGGUGAAAAGAGGGGCCCAGCUCCGGGAGCACCUGGCUGACCGCCAGAUGGGAACCCCGAGGACAUGCCUGAAACAGUGGGUGUGGAUGAAGCAGCUCCGGGCAUCGGAUGGGGCGAAGGUGACCCAGCUGUCCCUCUGCCGGCAGAAGGUGGGGAACAUGGACCUGGGCAGCUCAGCCCCUGGAGGCCUGAGGUGGGUGGCCCAGGCCCAGGGGCUGCCCCAGGAGCGAGGCCAGGGCUCCCCGCAGAAAGCCUGCCCAAGACGAGCCCUCCACGGGGUGCUACUGCUCUGGAGGGCGAGGCUCUCCCAGCGCCAGCGGGCUGACUCCUUCUCCCAGGGCGUGCAGCGGCGGCUGCUAAGGUGCAUCCUGAGGGCGUGGCACUUGAGGGUGUGGGGACCAGGCAACCCGUCAGGCAGUGCCAGGACCACCUCGGCCUCAGAACUGCUGGGCAGCACAGGCCCAAGCCCACUGGAGAAGGCAUCCAGGGCCUCCGCCCUCCUGGAGACGCUUCGGCUGAGCUUUCUGUGGGCAGCUGGGCGGCAGCAGCAGGCGCGGUGCCUCCUGCUCUGGCAGGCGCGGGCUCAGCAGUCCCGGCGUGCAGCAAGGUGGCACCAGCACACCCUUCAGAGGCGCAUCCUUCUCGGCUGGAGCCACUGGUCAAUGGCCCAAGGGGCCCAGAGGAAGCUGGCUGUCCGCUGGGCCUGGGACCGGAGCUGCAGGGACGCGCUGGGCCUGUGGCGGCGGCGGCUGGCGCAGUGGCAGGAGGCAGAGCAGUGGGCCCAGGAGCGGGGCCGGAGACGGGUGCGAGACGCCCUGCAGCACUGGCACUCCUCCUGGCAGAGGCAGCAGUGCCUGCAUGACCGGUACCAGGGGUGGGCGCAGCUACGCCAGCAGGGCCUGCGCAAGGCUGCGUUCCAGAGCUGGCGGCAGGCGGCAGCUCAUCAGAGACAUAGGAUGGCCAGGCCAGAGCGGCUUGCACUGCAGAGCCAUUUCCAGGCCUGGUGUGGGUCUGCGAGAGACGCAGGGAUGCUCCGGGCCCGGUGCCGAGCCGUCCAGGCUGGCCUGAGAAGACGGGCACUGGGAGCCACAUUGGCCACGUGGCAGGAAGCCCGCGUGGCCGCAGCCCGGGCGCGGGAGCAUCACGUGGCCCGGGCCUCCAUUGCUCUCUGGAGAAGCCAUGUGCAGGGGAGCCGGGCAGACAGGCAGCUGAGGAGGGCCCGGGCCCAGCAGGCCUUUAUGGCGUGGCGAGUGGCCCUGGGCCAGCGCUGUGAGGCCCACCAGCAGGCAGAAGGGAGAGCUCGGGCCAGGACCCAGCUGGCCCUGUGCUGGACUCUGUGGGUGCAGGAGUCCCGCCUACACCGGCUCAGCCGAGCCCGCGCUGCCCGGAAGCUGAGCGCCAGGGUCCUAGAGGCCUGGGCCCAAUCUGCCGCCCAGGGUCGUGUCCAGCGGGUCGCCAUCGCCCAGAUCGAGGUGGUUGGGCACAGGCAGCUCCUGCGGGCCCAUUGGGCCCAGUGGCGGACAGAGCUGCUCAGCGUGUGUUUGGAACCUCGGAUGGAGGCCCAGGAGACGAGCACCGCCCAUCCCAGGCCCAGGACCGACCUCACGCACUGGCCCGGGCUGGUGGGCAGAGGGCGCCUCCUGGCGCUUAUGGACACUGCAGCCCCAUGGAAACAGACCCGCAGCUGCAGGCCACAGGGCACGGGGCCCAGGCCGCCCAGCCCAGCACAACAUCGCAGCCCUGGUGGGCAGAGGAAGCUGAGAGAAACGUCCUGGGCUCAGAGCGACAGUGCCACCCAGCUCUGGAUGCAGAGGCCUGGACCCAGGGCCCAGGGCCGGCCCCCUCCAGGGCCCGGAGGGGACUGCAGCUCCGAAGGCCAGGUGGACAAGAGGCGGCUGGGGCUCCUGGAGGAGCUGGCCCAGCCCACGGAGGAAAUACCUGCGACGCUGGCACCUGGAGGCCCUGCUCCGCCGGCUCCAGGGCUCCCAGCAGGCCAGGCGCCUGGCCGGGACAUGGCAAUGCUGGGUGGAUGCUCAGGGGGCAGAGGAGCUGGCGCGAUCGCUGCUCAGGCAGUGGCGGCUGAAAUGGGUCUGGCGCACAUGGAGGCGGCGGGUCGUGCAGCUGCCUUUGAGAAGUGGCACCAGAAGCUGGCAGCCAGAGGCCUGAGGAGGAGCCACCAGCAGCUUGAGACCCCAGAGUAA